AUGAGAUCUUUUCUCUCUCUUGUGCCCCUGUUGGCCCACUCGGUUGCUGCUGGUGUCAUGAACGCGAGAGCAAGCACCGUUACUGCUGCGGCAUCUACUGGCAAUCCCUUCUCGGGAUAUCAGCUCUAUGCAAACUCGUACUACGCAUCUGAGGUCUCAGCCUCAGCUCUGCCCUCUAUGACGGGUACCGCAAAAGCUGCUGCGAGCUCAGCGGCAAAUGUCCCGUCAUUCUACUGGCUUGACACGGCAGACAAAGUGUCGACGAUGGGAGAUUUCCUUGCUGACAUCAAGGCAAAGAAUGCUGCUGGCGCGAGCCCUCCUUAUGCUGGCCAAUUUGUUGUAUACGACUUGCCAGAUCGUGACUGUGCUGCUCUGGCUAGCAAUGGAGAAUACUCUAUUGCCGAUGGUGGUCUCGCGAAGUACAAGACCUACAUCGACAAUAUCAAGGCCACUCUUACGACAUACUCUGAUGUCCACACUAUCUUGGUCAUCGAACCUGACAGCCUGGCAAACCUCGUUACUAACAUGGCUGUGUCCAAGUGCGCAAAUGCCCACGAUGCUUACCUUGAAGGUGUCAACUACGCGAUCACGCAGCUGAACCUGGAUAAUGUGGCCAUGUAUAUUGACGCUGGACAUGCCGGAUGGCUGGGCUGGCCCGCCAAUCUGAGCCCAGCAGCUACACUUUUCGCCCAGGUCUACAAUAAUGCAUCGCAGCCUGCUGCCCUUCGAGGCCUGGCGACUAAUGUCGCAAACUACAAUGGCUGGUCCCUCAACACUUGUCCGUCAUACACUUCAGGUGAUUCAAACUGCGACGAGAAGAAAUACGUCAAUGCGCUUGCCCCCUUGCUGCAGAGCGCGGGCUGGGAUGCUCAUUUCAUUACUGACACCGGACGAAAUGGGGUCCAACCCACACAGCAGAAUGCUUGGGGUGACUGGUGCAAUGUAAAAGGCACUGGCUUUGGCGUUCGCCCGACUACCAACACCGGCGAUUCCCUGGAAGACGCCUUUGUCUGGGUUAAGCCUGGUGGUGAGAGUGAUGGUACCUCGGAUUCUUCUUCUACUCGCUAUGAUGCCCACUGCGGAUACAGCGAUGCUCUUCAGCCCGCACCCGAGGCUGGUACUUGGUUCCAGGCCUACUUUGCGCAGCUGGUGGCAAAUGCGAACCCCGCAUUCUAA